CUCACCUGCCGGUCGCUAUGGCAGCCGCCGCCGCUGGCGCGCGCCGCGUGGGAGGGCGCGCGCCCGGGGUCUGCAACCGGCCCAACAGGCGGGCACGGGGGGCGUGUAAAGAACGCAGUAGAAACAUCCUCCAAGCCAUCGCCACCAAAUCCACCUUUUCCAUUGCCCUUUUGUGCCAUGGGCCUUUUAUGAGCACCUCUAAUUUUGCAGACGUGGCGUUCGACAAAUACUUAUUUAGCACCUCCUGUGUGUGGAGCGAUAGAAGGAAGAUUGAGACGCCAUCUCACCUCCAGAAGUUAGAGUUUGGAAGAGUGGCCCCGGUACGUGUUACCUACUGCAGCAGCCUCUUCUGGAGAUCUUAACUUCCGUCCCACCAAAUUCAGCGGUGCCUUUACAACCGGCUCUGUGAGAAGGCUUGAGACUGGCAUAAACGGGUUUAAGCAAGGAGUGUUUGUGCAAGACACUUGGGCUCUUCCGUCUCCUGACAUCCUCAUUCUCUCAUUGCUUUGAAAAAUCCUUCUGUUAGAUGCGAGGUAGAAGGAAAUUCCUGGGUCAUCUUUUAGGACUUCUUUCCCCAGAUGAAGUCUUUUGCAGAAGUCCUGCACGCCAGGAGGCCGGCGUUUUUCAACUAAGCCUCCCGAAUGCAAAUUCAGGGCUCCCUGGUACACUCGGUGACACUUUCCCUCUGCGUUCCCAGGAGCUACCUCGCAAGGGGUCUCCCGCGCUGCACCGCCAGGUGGCGCCCUUCUCGAAGGGAACUCACCUCAGUCACAGACUGUGGGGCAGUUGCUCGGCAACCGAAACUGGGCGUUCCAAACAAUUGGGACCCGGGAUCCUCCGCGUGCGUUGUGUGCGGCUGCGCGGGCCCCCAGUCCUUCACACCAGCGCCUUUUUGCCAUGCCUUUCACCCGAGACCCUUUCCAGCACCCUACGUUGGAUAACGAUGAUUCCUACUUGGGAAAAGCCCGAGCUUCCAAGAAACUGCCAUAUAAGAACCCAAAUCACCUUGCUCAGCAACAGGAACCCUGGAGUCGGCUCAACUCAACUCCCACAAUCACCUCCAUGAGGCGGGAAGUUUAUUUUUUUGAUCCUGAGAUACCCAAGGAUGACCUGGAUUUCCGCUUAGCAGCCUUGUACAACCACCACACAGGGACAUUCAAGAACAAAAAUGAGACACUCUUACAUCAGGAGACCACCCAGGAUACCCAUGGAAUCAUCAAGACCCAAUUCCCUGGAGAACCUUUACCCCCUCCUCUGCCACCUUCCAUCACUUCCCAGGCUAACAUCAGACACUGGAUCAACCCUAAGAAGGAGUCUAUCCACAGCAUCCAGGGAUCCAUAGUGUCCCCUCAUACUGCAGCCACCAAUGGAGGCUACUCCCGAAAGAAUGAUGGUGGCUUCUUCUCUACCUAGUGUUGACAGGCCCCUGGACUAAUUAAUCAUAGUGGAACGUCCUUUCACCCACCUCCAUUAAAUAGAUUUGUGCUGGAUGAAGCUUGAA